AUACACACAGACACACACACACACACACACACAGGAAGAACAGCGAGCUGGAAGAGACAAAUCCAGAUGUUCAGGGUGUGAAAAAGAACAUGGGUCGUCUUAAUGAUUCCACUUUGCUCCAACAGUCAAAGCUUUGAGUGACUAUAGAUCAAUAAUCAUCACUAGACCAGGUUCAUGUGUUAAACAAGGUCUACCAGUUGUUUGUGUUUCAGCUCUGGAGAACCUGUGAUGAAGUUCACCUCAACAGGACACACAUGUAUUCCUGUUUGUCUCUAAAAUCCACAGUAACUGUGUAAAGCUCUGGGUGCUUCAGCUGUCACAAAGAGAUCGUCAUGGUGUUGGUAUCGGAGGAAUAACUACGUCGUGAUUAGAGGACAGAUGAGACGUUCUCCGUCCUCUGAAGGUUGAAACACUCGAUUCACAUAUAAAGGAGGUAAUUUCUUGUCGCAGCCUAAAUGUAGAUUAAAAAGCUCACAGUGAGUUUAAAUCGUAUCCUGUUCAUUUACAACCAGAGCUACUUAUUUAAUAACACUGUAGAGUGUGGACGAUCACUUUGUCUCUUCUAGAGUAGAUCAUUUAGUUUUGAGUCUUGAACAAACUGCCACAUGGAAACCAGAAGACUGAGACAGGAACAAAAAAACGUUCCUUCUUCCUUCUCUUCUCAAAGAGUGAAAGCUUUAAUUCACCCCUUGAGAACAUUAACAACAGCUGUGUCUGUGUUUCCUGCAGAUGUUGCAGUAAAGGCUGACACAGUCCUCCAGAUGUCUUCAUCACCUUCAUCACCUUCAUCACCGUCGUUGGCGAAGACAAGAACUUCCCCAGCAGCAGACCCUGAUCCGCCCUCGCCUCCACAGAACCACAUCACAGUUGCUAAGAAACAGCUGUGGGCGCGGCAGGGCUCUGCAGCUCCGCCCACCUCCCUGCAGUCAGGCUCCGCCCCCAGGAACUCUGACUGGAUAUCCCAGGAUGCAUCUGGGCAUGCCUGGAGUCAGAGGCUAGCCCAGGAUAAGACAGAUCAUUAUGGCAACAGGAAGUGCGUCAGUCUGGCAUCGGAUAUGACCAGCACCCCCAGUGUUCCUGUCGGUUCUACCACAGUCCUCCAACAAGCCCCCCAGCCACCAGGAGCCUCCCCUGAUGGACCGGCCAUCUUUAACAGCACCAAGUUAUCUGGCCAGCGAGCCUAUCUGCAAAGCCUGGAUCGCAGCAGCCGUGCCUGGGUGCUGUCUUCUGGAAAGACCCAGACUUGUGAUGAGGCCUGUGGGGUUCAGCAGGAGAGCGACAGCAACAUCUGGUACAACCCGAUUCCUGAAGAGGAGGUCGCAGGAGGUCCAUGCAGGGAGAAGGAGAUAUGGAGGAGGAGAGAGGAGAGGGAGGAGGGAGGAGCAGCCAAGAGGACGGGACCAGCAGAUACCAGACCACAGCUGGGAGGAGUGAUGGUGGCGUCAGCAGAGAGUCCACAGGAGGGCACCAACCCCAGUGUUAGCCAUCAUACUGAUGACGUCACCACAGACAACACAGACCCCGCCCCCUCGGACUCCAACCCCGCCCCCUCAAAUAAAGGGGGCGUGUCAGGCAGUGUGAUUGACAGGCUGAAGUCUCCUGGUACAGUGAGGAAACUCUCCCUAAAGAUGAAGAAACUGCCUGAGCUGCGCCGCAAACUCAGCCUUCGCUCCUCCUCUCGCGCCCAUCGCCAGGGAAACGACAGCAUAGGGGGCGGCGACGAGUUGAUCAGUAAGACAGCGUCAUCAUCAUCUGCAGCCAACCAGAAUGUGAUCAGCAGAUAUCACCUGGAUAGCUCUGCCCCUCCAGCCAGACCACUGCGACGAUCAUCGAGAGGACGCUCGACCAAAGGAGGUUAUCUUAGUGACGGGGACUCCCCCGAGCUGCUGCCACGGCAACAGACCCCUACUGUCACAACUUCCCAGGAAACGGUGUGCGACGUGAGUUCAUUCCGACUGUACGUGGGCUCCGAUCCACAGAGAUGCAGCCAGCGGGUCACGGGUUUACUGACGGUCCACCUGCUGGGCCUGGAGGAGAUGAAGACCGGCAGGUCAGAGGGCAGUAAGGAGGUCUUCCUGGCCAUCCAGAUCGACGGGGUGACAAGAGCAAGGACAGCCCUCCUGACCCUGCGAGGCUCCUCUCUCCCGUUGAACCACACCUUCCACCUGGAGCUGGAGCGAGCCCGGCAGCUCCGCAUUGUGGUCUUAACACCAGUCGGUCCAGCAGCAGGAUCAGGGUCUAAAUCAGAGAUGGAUCAGACUUCAACCGGUCCAACCAGGAACCGAGUCUGUGGUCUGGGAGGAGUCUCCAUGCCGCCACUAUUUAAAGGGAGUCGUUGUCAGCAGCUCUGUGUGAAGUUGGAGCCUCGAGGACUUCUUUAUGUCAAACUGUCUCUACAGGAAAAAUGGGACACACAGCCCAGUUACCAAUCAGUGCCUGCUAAUGUGUUUGGGGUUGAUCUUCACCAUCUGGUGGAGAAAGAAGAAUCUACAUCACUGAUCCCGAUCCUGAUCCAGAAAUCUGUGGCAGAGAUCGAGCGAAGAGGCCUGAAGGUGGUGGGUCUGUACAGACUGUGUGGUUCUGCUGCGGUGAAGAAGGAACUCAGGGAUUGGUUCGAGAGGAACAGUUCAGCAGUUUGUCUCAGCGAGGAUCUGUACCCUGACAUCAACGUCAUCACAGGUAUACUAAAGGACUACCUGCGGGAGCUGCCGUCUCCGCUCAUCACCAGGACUCUGUAUCAGGUUGUUAGGGAGGCCAUGACCCUACGACCUCCACAUGCCCCACCUGGGACCCCUGAUCCCCAGCUGGCCCAGAGCACUGUGGAGCUGCUGUCCUGUCUACCGCCUCCAGAGAGGGCCACCCUGUCUCUCCUGCUGGACCACCUCAGUCUGGUGGCGUCCCUUAGCUCCUCCAACAGGAUGACGCACCAGAACCUUGCCGUCUGCUUCGGCCCGGUGCUCCUCACCCCGACCCAGGAGGCCUGGAGGGGGGGAAGAGGAGGGAAGGGAGUCAGUCAUGGUGAAGAGAUGGCGAGCGCGUUGGAUUUCAAACGACAUAUCGAGGCGUUGCACUACCUGCUGCAGCUGUGGCCAGUGCCGACCCAUCGAUUCCCAGCAGACAACCACAUCAACAUCUCCCCGCUUCCCUCCCCCACGCUUACCCAUAACCCUCUUGGACAGCAGCAGUGGCGUCCUGCACUGCGAUUGGCUCUGCCCCAGAACCCUGAGGAGGAGGUGGUGGUGUCACGUCGGGGUCGAGGUGGCCUGGCCCGGCUGGAGAGUCCGCCACUGAUCAACCGGUACGCCGGAGACUGGAGCAUCUGUGGACGAGAUCUUCUGUCCGGACAGGAGGCCGAUUACGACGAGGUGGCAGGAAGUGAAAGUGAUGGAGGCAGCGGGGAUGAAGAGGAAGAGGAGAAGAAGGAGAUGUGGUCCACAAAAGGAGGAGGAGGUCUGUACGUAGACGAGUUCAUGGAUUUUGAUGCUCCAUUUAACUGCCGACUCAGUCUGAAAGACUUCGACGCUCUUAUCCACGACUUAGACCGAGAGCUGGCCAAACAGAUCAACAUCUGUCUGUAGAACCACAUUAACUUAUUUCUCUGAUCCAAAGGUAAACCGUGGUUUUUGUAGGUGUCGACCCUCUAAAGAUGUGAACUGAAUUAUGUUCUUGUGGUUCUGUGUAUCAGGGUAGCAUCCUGUUGGAUCCUAUUAGAACCUGUUAGAACCUGUUGGAUCCUGUUGCAACAUGUUAAAACAUGUUAUAACAUGUCAGAACCUGUUAGAACCUGUUAGAACCUUUUGGAUCUUGUUAGAACCUGUUAGAACCUUUUGGAUCCUGUUAGAACAUGUUAGAAUAUUUUGGAUCCUGUUGGAACAUGUUAAAACAUGUCGGAACCUGUUAGAACCUGUUGGAUCCUGUUGGAUCCUGUUGGAUCCUAUUGUAUCCUGUUGGAUCCUGUUAGAACAUGUUAAAACAUGUUGGAACCUGUUGGAUCUUUUUUGGAACAUGUUAAAACAUGUUGGAACUUGUCGGAACAUGUUCGGCUGUUUGCACUGUUAAAGCCAUAAUUUCACUUAUUGAAAUUUGUAUUUGAAGUGAACAAACUGCAGAACUCAUCGCUCUGCUGCUUCUGUCACCCCGAAAACAUCAGUCCACAAACCAACGUCCACUUCUUCUAGACAGUUUAGCUGUUAGCCCUUCAGGUUUCUCAACCCCCUGCUGGUUUCUGAACCCUUUUCUUGUUUCUGAACCCUUUGCUGGUUUCUGAACCCUUUGCUUGUUUCUGAACCCCCUGCUUGUUUCUGAACCCCCUGCUGGUUUCUGAACCCUUUGCUGGUUUCUGAACCCCUUGCUUUUUUCUGAACCCCUUGCUUGUUUCUGAACCCCCUGCUGGUUUCUGAACCCCCUGCUGGUUUCUGAACCCCUUGCUGGUUUCUGAACCCCCUGCUGGUUUCUGAACCCCCUGCUGGUUGAGCAGCAGAGGGAUGUGAGCUGCAGCUGGUUGUCAGUAUUUUCACGGUACAGAGUUUAAACUGUGAGGACUUUGUGAAGCUACAGAAGGAAUACAAUGCCAUACUCAGUGUUACCAAUGAUGAUGAUGUUAUUUUUACCUGUUUUCUGUGUUUGUUCCUCUGUUUUUUUGAUGACAGUAUUUCUUUUUUUGCACAAGGAUAAUAAGCACUUAUGUAUUUUUAUCGUUAAUGACAAUGUUUCUAUGCAGAUAACCAAAGUGUUGAAGCACUGUUCCUGUUGGAACAUCUUAUUAACCUAACUAUUAAACACAUUAUUAUUAUUA